AUGCCUCAACAGCAACCCCAGCCACUGUCAUUGCUGCAGCAGUCAUCACCAGGUAGGCCGAAGCAACAAGGGGUGCGGGUGGUGCGUGCAGCAACUGCAGAAGAGAAUAGUCUGCCCGAGGCGCCUGAGCCUCCUAUUCCAACGAGCUCCUUGCUGCGCGCCGGCACGUACAAGUUGACGGUGGAGCGCCUGGACGGACUUGAUAUCCAAGUGCCUCUAAAUGAUUUGAGCGUCAGUGUGGAGGAAUUUCACCUUAUCACGGGGUUAGAUCAGUGGCUACUGGAGUCUGUGGGAAAGCACGAGUUUCAAAACAUCGAGGUUUGCCAUGAAGAUGCCGCCUCCUUUGUCAUCAAUUUCGGUCAGCCGGUGGAAUUUACUGUGCGGAAGGCAAACAGCUUGCAUGUGUUUAUCAUUGUCUUCUUGUUCAAACGAAAGCCACUUUUCUGGGCAGGUAUCAAUGCGCGGGGGGAGGGGGUGUGGAUGGGUGUGCUGCGCCGGCCUCCAGUGGAUGUGCCGAACGCCAUGCAAGUGACGGACAGCUGUCUGCAGGACACAAUAAUCCGUGGAGCCAUUGAAGGCAAUUCUUCUAACGACGUGCUGAAUGAAGCGGAAAGGCAUCUGAAUUCUGUCUCUAUAGUAAACGCAGUGGCUGCUGCGGCGGUGCCUCAGUCGUCAGGUAAAAAAGAAGUGGAUGCAAGGCAACAACAGCCGUCCUCUUCGGCUUCGCACCCCGCCAAGGAACAAGCGAUGUUGGCUCCAACGCGCCCAGCUAAGGAAGAAGCACCGUUGGCUCCAACGUGUCCAGCUAAGGAAGAAGCACCGUUGGCUCCAACGCGUCCAGCUAAGGAAGAAGCGGCGCUGGUUCCAACGAACCCGGCGGCGGUGGAAAAGCUCCUUUGGAAAAUCCAGUUUGAUGAUAAAGGCCGCGUGGUGGUCCCUGCAAACUAUAAAAAUAUUCCAGUGUCCAAGGAGUCCCUCUCUAAUCUGGACAUAGAUUCGCAAACUGAUGCAAGCCUACUGUUUGGUUUCCGUUCGUUGGAAAAUGAGAAGCCACAGGAAGGGGCGGUGGGCCACGGUAACACAAUGAGCAAUGUGGAUGUGGGCAUCCGUUGUGUUUACGGUCUCCCUCUGAAUGCAGCGUGCUCGCGUUUGCUUGUGUAUGUGUGCGACUACAUAGAUGAAGAGACAGGGGAGGUGAUGAGCAGCUCCCACGAUGCCGCGGUGUUAAUGCGACCUCCUAAUGCGAUUCACUACCAAGACAUGAACGGCAGCUGCACGUGCCCAUUCUUUGAAUUUGAACUGAAAGAUAUCCUCGUGGGAGACGAGACGUUUCUUAUCGUCAUCAUUGAGUAUAUCACAGCCAAAGGGGAGGGACCGUUUGUGUUUGGGCACGUCGGUUUGCCUGUUCACAAGUGCACGUCUGCGGGGAAUUUUGUCUCGCGUGUUCGACUCGGUGAUCCACGGAGGCCGGAGUCUCGUGGUGUGGAACUCUGGGGUGACAUCGACGCGGAGCGGCAGGCGAUGGAGAAUUACACGCAGGAGCAGAUUGAGGAGACGUUGGACGCGCAGGCGCUCUUCGUCAGACUAUUCGUGCCAUCAACGGCGCGAAGUGAGUGCUGCCCGUGCGGCUACAUCGCGUGGUAUAUGGAGGCGGACCCGAAUUCUCUGUUCUUCGAUGACCCGAUGCAGCCGCCACUCUCGCGGGGAGAAGAGCAGCUGUUCGAUCUGCGUCAGGGCAAUGAUCACCACAUGGUGCCGCCCUUUGACAGCGUAGAGAGUGCCGCAGCGGCGUUCCAGGGAAGUGCCAAACCGAUGGGCAAUGCGAUCAAUUACGUCGUGCCGUAUGACCCCGAAAGGGGGUUCUUCAUAUCCGUGGAAGAGCUGCACGGUAUGGGCAACAGCAGCGCCCUCUACGCGGUUGCCGUGGAGACGGGUGUGGACGGCCCCAAUGGCCUAACGUGCACGCGCAGCCGUGACUGGUUCUCUGACGUGGGGGCGCCGCGGUUCUCGGAGCCGCUGCGCAUCAUCACCGGGGCCAACUCCGAUCCGUUCCUCGUUGCGCUCUUCUUCUUACUUAGGGCGACGCAGCUCGAUGCGAUGACGCAGCAUGGGGAAGCACAGGUGAAGGUGGAGACGGUGGGCUGGUCAAUGUUCAAGCUCUUCCUAGACGACGGCGCGCUGCGGCACGGGCGGUACGCGUUGCCGUGGUUCGACGGCAGUCCGCCUGACGCGCUGCUCGACGAGUUGGAGACACAGCCGCUCCAAAAAGUGUUUGCCUCGUGGUACCGCGGGAAUAAGUUGAAGUUUUCGGAGCUGCACUCCACUGUUGUCAUCUCCAUCGGCGACCCGCUGACGGCGGAGCAACUGGUGGUGAAACACCCUGGCCGCCCGCAACCGACAAAGUUAUUUGUGCCGUCGGAAAUGAAGCCCAUGUUCCCGUCGGUGGGGUGCGAGGGUGCCGUUGGAUAUACGCAACAGCAACUGUUGAGUUCUCUCGAGCUGACUGUGGCGCAGGCGGAGGAGAUGACGAACGCAUGCUUUGAGGCGUACGUGAACGAGAGGUUGAGUUAG